AUGGACUGCGGACAUCUGAGCUUGGACAGUUCACAAAGACAUGUGCCAGGCAGCUCUAUACUGGGUGAGGCCCAAGUUUCCUUGUGUGAUGCCUCCAUGAAGCGUGAAGCCAGUCACAUGGAAGACCAGCUGUCCAGAAAGGCUCAAAAGAAACGGCGGUCGAGUCUUUCUGCUCAUAGGCGAUCCAUAACGGGGGAUGUCAUCUCAGUAUUUCAGAUUGGAAGUCAGACGAGUUCAGAAAGUAGCAGUCAACGGAGCACUGCUUCUGAUGGUCAGACAUCACAGAGUGGUGCUGCAGACAUGACCAGCUUAUUGCCAAACCCAGUCAAUAUACACAUGGAGGAUAUUGUUGCCAAAAUGAGGGCACAGAUUGCAGUGCUACACAAGGAGUGUCAGCAGUGGACCAACCUCCUGCAGGACUAUCAGCAACAGGAGGAGUCUUCUCAACUACUUGCUGAGAGCUUGACCCUGCAAGUGUUGGACAUCCCCGAAGACGUGAAACAACUUGCUGUAUCUGACUAUGUUACAUCCAGCCCAGUAGACCUCCAGUCUGUGAAGAGCCGACUUGAAAGAUCGUUGCUACAGUACAGGUUUGAUAGGGAGGCCUGCGUCCAAGACCUGAAGCUGAUGCAGGAAACUGUGGAGACCAUACACAAGUCCAAUCAGUGGAUGAGUUCUUGUUUAUUAUACAUACCACCUCAUGGUAGAGACCAUACACAAGUCCAAUCAGUGGAUGAGUUCUUGUUUAUGUAA